UCCGCUGCGCUGUUCGAGAAAAACGGUGCGUUUCACUACUUCUUAGCUUUACAAAGAAAACCCCCCAAACGGUUCGUCUCUCUCUGUGUGGAAGAGCAAGCCGCCAUUGUUGUAGUAUUGUAAGGAUGGUUUUAUCGAACAAGAAGCUAAAGAGAAAGCUAAGAGCCGAGCUAGCCGAGACAAUAACGAAAACCGUGUCAGAAUCAGACCCGAAUAACGGUGGUCCGACAAAACCAGACCCGAAUGCAAAGCCCCAAUUGUCUCUGAAAGAGCUUAUAGACUCGGCGACGCAAAAACCCAGAUUGACAAAGAGAGAGAAACGCAGAAAAAAGUUAUCUUUAGAGGACCCAGAGGCUGUGAAGAGUAGGAGAAGUGGUGGUGGUGGUGACCCUGAAGAGAAAGAAGGUGGGUCUGAGAGUUUGGUUGAGAAGAAGAAGAAAAAGAAGAGGAAGAGAGAGGAGGAGGAGGUAAAGGAUGUUGCUUUGGAUUCAGAGGAAAAUGGGGUUGUGAAGGAGGCCAAGAAAUCUAAUAAGAAGAAGAAGAAGAAAAAGGUUAAGAAGAAGAAGGAGGAGGGUAAGAGUGAGGAAGAGAACAAUGCUGCUGAGCUUGGGAGUGAAGGGAAAGGGGUCAUGGAGACAAAUAAGAAUGGUGAGAGUCAAUCAUAUGAGGAGGUUGUUAAAAAAAUCUAUGUUGGAGGCAUUCCAUAUUACUCGACGGAGGAUGAUAUUCGAAGUUUCUUUGAAAGCUGUGGUACUAUAACUGAAAUUGAUUGUAUGAAGUUUCCUGAGAGUGGGAAGUUCAGAGGAAUUGCCAUUAUUAGUUUCAAGACUGAAGCUGCAGCUAAACGAGCCUUGGCCCUUGAUGGAGCUGAUAUGGGUGGACUGUAUCUAAAAAUCCAGCCUUAUAAGGCAACAAGAGUCAUCAAAUUACCUGAUUUUGCCCCCAAAAUUGUUGAGGGAUACAAUAGAAUCUAUGUUGGAAAUUUGUCAUGGGAUAUAACGGAGGAUGAACUGCGGAAAUUUUUUUCCGACUGCAAUAUAUCAUCUAUACGUUUUGGUGAGGACAAGGAAACAGGGGAGUUCCGUGGCUAUGCCCAUGUUGAUUUCUCUGACAGUUUGUCACUGACAAUGGCAUUAAAGUUGGAUCAACAAAUUGUGUGCGGAAGACCUGUCAAGAUCAGUUGUGCAGUCCCUAUGAAAGGAGCGGGAAUCAAGUCAAGAUCUGCGCAUACAAGCGAAGUAGCUGAUAAUGCUACAAGUCAAGGAGCUGAUAAUACUACAAAUCAAAUAGCUGAUAAUGCUGCAAAUCAAGUAGCUGAUAAAGCUGAACAGAGUUCAGUCAGUGGUAAGAUAAGGAGGAGAACAUGCUAUGAGUGUGGUGAAAAGGGCCAUCUAUCAUCAGCUUGUCCAAAGAAGCAAAAUGCUGAUCCAACAAAUUCUGGUGCUAGUUAAGCAUAUAGGGAGUUACAGAAUUGCCAUCCUUUGUUUCUGUUGAUCUAUCAAUAUUCAUAGAUAGGUGAAAUAGUUUUCUUUUUGUUUAAUUUUAUUUCUCUUUUUAGGAACAACUUUUGCUUAACUUUGUUGGAACGGCCUGAACAGCCACGUGUAGUUGCUGUUAAAGUUAGUAUUCCAAAUUUUGUUCAAAAUGAUUGCUGCAAAGAGUCUAAGGAAUCAGUGAAGCACAUUAUAUUUGAUUA